CUUUGCUUUACCACUUAUUCCUCACCAUCUAUACUCACAACUUGUUCCUGCUCCAAUAUUUUCAGUUAAAAAUAAGAGUUGCAGCCAUGGGAAUGGCAAUAUCUAGAUUGGUGAGGAUGCUUUUUGCAAAGAAAGAAAUGAGGAUAUUGAUGGUGGGACUGGAUGCUGCUGGCAAAACAACAAUCCUUUACAAGUUGAAGCUUGGAGAGAUUGUUACUACCAUACCAACCAUUGGAUUUAAUGUGGAAACAGUUGAGUACAAAAAUGUUAGCUUCACUGUCUGGGAUGUUGGGGGACAAGACAAGAUACGACCUCUAUGGAGACACUACUUUCAGAAUACUCAGGGCCUUAUUUUUGUGGUGGAUAGUAAUGACAGAGAAAGGGUAUCAGAAGCUAGAGAUGAGCUUCACAGGAUGCUCAGCGAGGAUGAACUGCGUGAUGCAACCUUACUUGUCUUUGCAAACAAGCAAGAUCUCCCAAAUGCCAUGACCGUUUCUGAAAUCACGGACAAACUUGGCCUGCAUUCACUUCGCCAACGCCGUUGGUACAUCCAAGCUACUUGUGCCAGCUCUGGGCAAGGACUUUAUGAAGGUCUUGAUUGGCUAUCCAGCAAUAUCUCUAACAAGGCAAGAUAAACUUUACGCAACUAAAUUCUGGGUUUAAAGAAUGCUUUCAAUGGCCUAGUUAGUCCUAUUUUCUUUAUUUUGCUUACAGGCAUAAUCUAGCCGACCCUCCCAAAGAAAGACUUGAAAAUACCAGCAGUCAUGGGCAUGUAACUAUAUAUCUUCAUUGUUCAGUAGAUUUUGAACCAAUUUUACAAUUAAGAAACUAAUAUAUAUAUAUAUAUAUAUGUAUGUAUCUACGCAUGUAUAGAUCUUUGUGUGUGAUAUAUCAUAAAGAAACAUUUGGCCAGUGGUUCAAGAAA